UUUGGGGGGGGGGGGUUGAGGCAGGGGCAGACAAACAAGAACAGCAGGAAGUGUCAGUUGGUUUGUGAGUGCUGUGGACAGGUGUCCACCUCUCUGUAUUGUCCCGUUCAUAAAGUCUCUCAUACUGCAGCAUGUCGUCUGUGUCAUCAUUAACACAAUCAUCAUCCUCAUCCUCAUCCUCAUCCUCAUCAUCAUCUAGUGUGGGGAGGGGUAUGUCACAUGGCUGCUUAUUUAUACCCUACUGGCUGCUUCUACAGCUACACUGUCCAAACAGUUCCAAGGCUGAUCUCUCAGUCCUCUCAGUACUAUCAGUCCUCUCAGUACUAUCAGUCCUGGGUCCAGUGAGUGCUGAGAACUGUCCACGUUUGGACACCUGGGCUGAGGUGAUAGACUGGACAUGUUCACCGCAGCUCAACUGAACAUUAGAGUUGGACAAAAGUAGAAUGAAUUAAAAAAAAUGAGAUAAAGGUGUGACAUCUGUCUAAGUGAGAGUUAGAUAGUUAGAUGGUCUGAGUUAGUUAGAGUAGAAAUAGAAGAGUAUAGCUAUACCAUCAAAUGACAUUAAAUCCAGUAGUUGACUAGUUUGGUAAGAGUGACAAUGUUGAAGUAUGAAGCAGUGAACAGUUCACACUGACAUUUAGAUCGGGAUGUCAGUGUGAAUGGUUAAUGAACGUUUUUAUUUCACAUUUCAUUUAAAGUCAUCACAGCUCGGACAGGACGUCAAACGCUAACAUUGACGUCCGAUCACUUCCGUCGAUGAACAAGACACGCUGCAGCCGAACCCGUUGGCUGAAAAACGCUAGGUGGUGCCAUCAUCAAAAACAAGACUCCUAGAAGCGCAGCCUGUGGUACUGAAUAAUCCCUCCUCCGUUUUUAGCGGAGCUCGGUGCGCUGCCAUUGUACCUGGAUGAUAGUGUUCUACACCCCGCCACUAACACGUCUUCACUGCGGGGCGAGCGAGACGAAUCGGGCCGCGGACACGACACCGACUGCUGUGGAUGCUGACAUCGUCCGCCGACGAGCCCAUAGAGGAGAAAUAGAUUUCUUCACAUCCAGGUGGGUCCCAGGAGAGCGGGCUGCUGCUGGAAGCUGGAAAGGGGGAGGAGGGGGGCAGUAUCUGUUGCCUGGGUGAAUUCAUUAACACGUUAGCAUCCAGCUAGCAGCUAGCUGCUCCUUUACAAAGCUACAAUGACCGCGAGGAUUUCACCCGAAAACACGAAUGUCAGCUUGUAUCAACCGUGGACGGGGAUCCGCUGGAACCUUUAGGAAAUACCGGGGUCGGUGACGGGGAGGGGGGGGCAUUCAUCUGGUCGAGUGAGGACGGACACCGAAGGUGCAGCCAAUGGUCGGACGUCAGAGCUAACGUGUUAGCUGGACGGAAGGACAGCGACGAGUUCAGUGUUGUGUUGGAUAUGGAUGUUUGAUGGACACCGAGCUGUCUGCGCGGUCACAGCAAUGACAGCCGUGCUUCAGCCGCAGCGCUAGAACACCGCACCGCCAUGGAGUCUUUCUUGCAGAUCGCUCCCCACUCCCUGGCCAUAGUGUUGACCAGGGUCGGGGCUGGGGAGGCGGUGGGGGUGGCCGGGGUGUCGGAGAGCGAAGAGCUGCCCAGGCACCACACUGGCUACGAGAUAUUCGCCGAUUUCAAAGCGGAGAACACACAACAGCACGUCUGGAACCAGCGGAUUACCGACGCGGUUUCCGAAACCUUCUUCCUGGGCUGGAUCGACGAGCACGUCCUGCUGAUCCAGGGGAAGGAGGACCACCUGGAGGUGCUGAGGGAAGGAUGGAUGCGGAGGUCCCUCAAUCCUCCUCGAGGAUUCACCAUCAAAUACCUGGGUGAUGUGUCACCCAUCAGUAUGUCCCCCAUCAGCCAGUCGCAGUUCAUCCCUUUGGGAGAGGUACUGCUAUUGGCUAUCUCUGCUAUGAACUCCGCCCACAAGCCUGUCACUCAGGAGGCUCUUACUGAACACCUGCAGACAUGUUUUCCAGGUGUUCCCACACCAACGGAGGAGGUUCUCCACCACACACUUAGCAUGCUGGUGCGUGAGCGGAAGAUCUACCCGACAUCAGACGGAUAUUUUAUUGUAACUCCCCAGACUUACUUCAUCACCCCAAGCCUAAUCAGAACCAGCUCCAAGUGGUAUCACCUAGAAGAUAGAUCUGUUGAGCGGCAGCAGCAGCAGCAGCAGCAGCAGCAGCAGCAGCAGCAGCAGCAGCAGCAGCAGCAGCAGCAGCAGCAGCAGCAGCAGCAGCAGUGCACGUCUCCUCUUUCUGGCACCAUCACCCCAUCCACCUCUGGAGGAGUGCGAGAGAGAACACACCAGAAGUUCGGCCAAAACCACAGUGGGGGAGAUUCCUACCAUACCACCCCUUAUCGUGGGGAAGACCCACCCAGUCACCACACCACCUUACAGCGCCGAUCGCCUAAAGACCACAGGGAGGCGUUCUCAUCCCCCCGUUCCCCACAGACACCUCCACAACAAACGGGAGGUUCCACAGAGAAGAGCCGAAACUCCCUUGGCUUUGCCUUCAAGACGGAUACUCUAACCAAGCACCGAGGAGGGGGAGGCAGCGGUGGAGGGGGAGUGGGAUCUGCAGAGUCAGAGAAACAAACCAGCGUAGGAAGUGGUACCGGCAGCCGAAAGUUUGGUUUGAAGCUUUUUCGUUUAAGCUUUAAGAGAGACAAGGCAAAACAAUUGGCCACUUUUUCUGCACAGUUUCCCCCUGAGGAGUGGCCCCUCCAUGAUGAAGAGGCCCCCAGCCAGCUGCCACGUCAAGUCGAGAUGGAGAUCAUCCGUAGGAUCAAUCCCGACCUUACUGUGGAGAACCUUGCACGACACACGGCAGUUAUGAAGCGUCUCGAAGAAGAACGUGCUCAGAGAAACAAAGCCUCAUCGGCCAAUCAGAGCUCCAGGAGCAGGAGAAGUGGAGGUAGACAUAGAAAGCAGUCCCAGGCCAGAUUUAACCGCUCUCAUAGCAAGACGAGGGUUUCCCAUGGCGAACCCAGUGAUGGCUCUCACCUGGAGCUAGCGGAUCGGGACUAUCGGGCCUACUCUUCCUCACUGGCUCGCUCACCAAGAGAACACGCCUUAGCCAUGGAGCGUCAGCGAGCACGGCUUCACCUGGCGCACAGCAACCCUAACAUCCUUGACUCCUCCCAUCUCCCUGUUACACCUGAGUGGGACGUGUCUGGAGAGCUCGCCAAGCGACGCACUGAGAUGCCUUUCCCUGAGCCCAGCCACGGCCCAUCAGCUCACCACUCCAAAGUUCACCGCUCGCAUUCCCAUACGCAGGAGAGAAAGUCCAGAAAUGAACGGAGCGACAAGGCCAAGGAACGUUCCAGGUCCAUGGACAAUUCCAAAGGACCCCUGGGAGCAGGCCUGGCCGGACCACCGGACUACUAUGACGACAGGAGUCGGUAUUAUACGGACGACGGCUCCCUGCGAGCUAACCAGAGUUCUUCUCACUACGUUCAUGCCACGCCGCCUUUGGCCAAGCUUCCUGCAGACUCUCUAGGAUUGGAUGGAGGCAGGAGCUUAGAGAAGACUAGAAGUAGGGACAGUCUGCCGGCAUACUCACCAAAACCACUGCCUGCUGCUGCGCCUCCGGACGAUUACUUCCAGUGUUCUGGUUCUUCUGAGGCUGUUCUCACCGCAUCGAACACACUUGGAACUGUUGGCAAAAAUAGUCACGAUGGACUGAAAGUAGGCAAUACUGAGAGGCAAACAGACAGACAAACUCCUCACCCUCAAGAACUAAAGGACGACCUGAAGUUGGGGCCAAUAGGAGGUAGCCUGCCUCCCAUACCUCUUAUUGUCCCUGACCCUCCUCUUCCUAAUGGACGGACUCCUCACAGCGUCCCCUCUGUUCAGGACAAAUGUAAGGAGAUUUUCAGUAAAGACACACUCUUCAAACCUCCCCCCAGCCUCCCGCUGCCAGGCUACAGCUCACUAAGAAAGCCUCCAGCACUCACCCAAACUAUUCUCUCCAUGUCCUGUGAUGCACUUGAUUCCCAGGAGGCCUUUGAUUCUCCUAAACCUCUAGUGGCAACACCUUCUGCCCCCCAACAGGGGAGUGAACCCACUACUAGUGCUGCUGAGGUGUCCUUUGACUACUACAAUGUUUCAGACGACGAUGAACUUGAGGAAGUUGGGGGGAAAAGUCGAGGGGAAGGGGAGAAAAGUAGAGGAGGUAUGGUCGGGCUGCGAGAGGGAGCAGGGACCAUGCAGUGGUUGUUGGAGAGAGAGAAGGAGCGGGAUCUGCAGAGGAGGUUUGAAAGAACCCUCACCUUUCCUGGUGCUAAAGACAACCUUCCAGAUUCAAAUCAAAACCAGCAGUCGGCCCAUUCUGCUAGACUGGACAGUAUGGACUCCAGCUCCGUGACAGUGGACAGUGGAUUCAAUUCACCACGGACCAGGGAGAGUCUAGCUUCUAACACCUCUUCAAUAGUGGAGAGUAAUCGUCGGCAAAACCUGGCAUUGAGUCCCGGACACCUCGGCAUCACCAGCGGCAGUGGCCCCCCCUUCUCCUUCCACACCAUCACAGAAGCUGCUGGUUCUCAGCCAGAGAAGCUGCAGAAGCCCAGCGCCUGCCUCGCAUCCAUCACCAGCGUCUAGAGGCUGAACUGGGGUUCGGAGCGGGGGCCAUGAGCAACUGGGGGUGGGAGGGCAUAUUCAAUAGGAAGACACCACACGGACUGAACAGACACAGUUGUGACUGGUUCACUGCCCCUUCCCUCUAUGAAAGCCACACACACACAGGCCACUGGGCAGAUUCUCCACCGUGUCGUUGUACAGGUCAACAGUGCUGUUGGAUUACUUCACUUACAUACACUGUGUGUGUGUGUGUGUGUGCACGUGUGUGUGUGUGUGUGUGUGAGAUAGAGAGAAGACUGUAAACUCAGGUUAUGUUGUUUCCACUCCAGGUCCAGCUGCUUCACAUCAGUUCAUUUUUAGUGACAUAGUUGUGUUUACUUCUGUUACUGACGGCAACACACGCACACACACACACGCACGCACGCUGUUGUUUAACUGUCAGCCCUCUUCACUGUCAGACAUACUGAGUUUUAAAGCCAGAA